CUCUGAAUAUGCUAGUUGCAAGGGAUUUCUGCGAAAUAUAAUUGUGUACAGCUAGUAUCAGAUGUUUCUUGAUGAGAGAGGGUAAAGUGAUGCAACCUACGAUUUUUAUCAGCCUGCAGAUAGAUUCUGACUUAAAUUCAAUGCUAUGAACUCUGCCAUUUACGCGUGAUUUUUCAUAAGACACCGCCAAGUUACUUAUCGCAGUGGACGCCUCGAGUUGGUGAACAGCUUGUGGCAGUUAAUCGGCUACAUCGUUUUAGUCCACGGAUAAUUUUAUGGGCUUCGCAUGCUUUGGAGGACUUAACGCUUCAUUGAUCCUUUUUUCAUGAUCUGUAUCCUGAUAUUAAAACUUAGAUGCGUCGAGUACUCGUAUACAAUAGACAAACACAACAUGAUCGUGAGUGCUCAGCGGAGCGUGAGUGUUUAGAUGCUGCCGGUGUAUGAUCUGUUUGUGAAAACAAGCUGAAUUGAAAAUCUGUGGUCGUACCGUUGGAAGUCAUCGGAAAAAUCAGUGUAUUUCUGAAUUCCUGCAUGAAUUUUGACUGCAGAAAAGGUAUUUAUACAGGAAGCAACCUUGGUGAAAGUUAACUUUCUUUGAACGCCGAAGCUCCAGAGCUGGGCCGAUUGAAGCGAUUGUGCAUAUAAGGAAUACCUGUCAAAGCCUCCUUUUGAGAAAAGAUUUACUUCAAGUGUCUUAAUUCCCAUUAAAAAGCCUCAAAUUGAAAGGUCACAAAAGCUUAAGUAUGCUACAAAAUGGAAGAGUGAGGGUCACUUGGUUAAUAACUCUUUUGUUAAGGAAGUAAGCAAAAACAUGUCGUACAGAUAUAAGGAUUCACAAUCUCAACCAUCUUCUUUACCAAGAAGAUAUUUUUCACUUCCAAAGAAUUAUUCUUCAGUUGGUACUGACAAUGGUAAAGAUUCAUCACACUCUAAAAGGUAUAGGUCUAUUUCUUCGUCAUCUGCAACUUCGUCUGUGACACCUUAUGCUCAGUCUUCAAGAUAUGGAAGUUUACGAACCUAUGGUGCUUCCACAAACAGUUCUACAUCUGAGGAUAUUAAAAAACCAACUUCCCGUCGGGCCUCAGGCAGCUCUGUGACCUCUAGAUCUGUUGGGAUUAGUAGCAUUCCCCGUAAAAGUUCUUACAGUGGUACCUUGUCUUCUUUGGUACCCUCAAGUACACGUGAUACAACACCAUCAUACUCAUCUAGACAUGUGUCAAGUAUUCCGCAUAGGACUUCUGGAAGUUCAUCAAUAAGUGCAGACUCCAACUGGAUGCCAGGAGGAGCUCCUGUAAGGCAGCGCUCUAGUAUCACACUGCGUGAGACCCAGCCCUGGGGCCCUGAUGGUCCUCCAGUUAGACAGUAUUCUAGCAGCUCAUUGCGAGAUUCUCCAUUUACUUUGCCACCAAGGAGAUCAUAUUCCUCCUCAAAAGGAUGUAGUGAUAAUGAAACAAGGACAUCAUCAAGCAGAAAAUCAGGUCCUGUUGAAAUACUAUCGACAGACCCUUCGUCAGCAUCAAAUGUUGAGUUCAAAGGAAAUAAUGAUAGUGAAGAAAUUGAAAGAACAUCAUACUAUAGAAAAAUUAGUCCCACAGAACCAACAUCAACAAGGCGCACUUCUGCUCCUUCUGUUCAGUAUGCAGGAAGUAUUGAGAUUAAGUCUGACAAACCAUCAUCACCCACAUCACCUUUAUCACCUGCAUUACCAAAAUCACCCACAUCACCUACAGUUUCUUAUUCUGGUAGUAUUGCACAUAAAGAUAUGCUAAGCUCAAAGAGUGAAGCUAGCACAACAAACAGCUCAUGCCUAGAAGGUGCCAGUGGUGAUAGUCAUGCUGCUUCCAGAGAUAGUAAUGAUGAUGAUGAGGUUGAAUCCUCUGCUGCAAGAGACAUUUCACUUUUAAGUAGAGAAAUUGCAAGCGUUUAUGAAGGUUCUCUCACUCGGAGUGACUCAAGGAAAGUCAAAGGAAACAAUGUAUCACAAAUCAAGAGUUCAACAGAAAGUAAAAAGUCAAGGAAAAAUUCAAAACAGGAAAUACAGAAUGACAUGCCACAAUCCAAUGAGAAGAAAAUAACCACGAGUGGGAAAUCAUCUCGAGAACAAAGUCCUGGAUCAGAUACAGGGCUUAAGUUUAAAAAAGGUCAUAAACGAAGUGCAAGUACUGGGUCUACUUCAGUCAAAGAUGACAAAAAAAGUAAACCUGUGAGAAAAAUUUCUGGAAUCUUUUCUCGGAAAAAAUCACGGGAAUCAACUGAUUCCGAAGAUGAUGAGGAGAGGUUACAGAGCAAAGGCUCAGGGCUUUUCUCCCGAAAAGGUUCAAAAGAAUCAGAGAAGGAUUUUUCCUCACCAUCACCUCCAUUAUCCCCUAAGACAUCUCCAAAGCGGAAGAUUUCUGGUCCUGGUAGAUUGUUUUCUUUCUCUAGUGACUCAAAGACAACUCCUGAAAUGCCACGGAAGUUUUCCGUUCCAGGAAAAUAUUUUGCAAGUAAGGAAAGCAAAUCUGGUGGGGAAUCGAGCGAUUUGGAUUCUGAAGGUCCAAGACCUUCUCGACCUCCUGUGAAAAGGAGAGUCUCUAUGCCAGGAAUGUUAUCUUUAACAAGAAGCUCUAGCACAGAAAGAUCAUCUGGUGGUGGCUGCCAUCCCAGCCCUGAUCCUGCAGCUGAUCCUGCUCUUCUUCAACGACAGAGAAGUAGUUUUAAGAAAGCACAGUCUUUUGAUGCACAGAGUGAUAAGGCAAAGCACUCCAUGUUGAGUAAGUUAAGGUUUUGGGAUCAUAACAAGAAGGAUAAGUCACCUGAUUCAAGAAACUCCACAUCACCAGAGGAGGGAAGAUCGCGAUCUGUUUCUCCUUCUGUGGAACCAACACGUAGGAUUUCUUUGGAAGAGAGGUUAGAAAAUACAACUUCUCAAUCAAGGAGGAGUAGAGAGAGAACUACCAAGAAAAAAUCCUCCCAAGAAAAAAUACUUGCUGAUGCAGUAGCACCUUUAGAAUCAAAUGCAAGGCAGGCUUUAUUAGGUCAUGAUAAAUCACAGGUUUCUCCUAAGGUGACAAACUCAGGUCUAGUGGCAAAUGAUGUCACAAAGAGUAUUGGUAAAGAGCCUAAAGUACAGUAUGUUGGUCCUGUUGAACCUUCCACAACAUCAGAGCUACGGGCAAGGAAAAGAGCACAAUACAGAGUGAAUUCAGGGGAGAAACAAACGGAAAGCAAGGUAAAGGCUUCAGGUAAUCCAGCACAAGCUGAAGAGUCAAUAAAAUCUACUGGUAAGAAAGCUGAAAUUGCAUCGUCAGAUGCCACUGAUGAUGCAUCAAGAGACACAGUGUCCAAGUUACGAGAGAGGAGAAGGCGGAGACGCGAAGAAAGGGAACGGUUCUUUGCAGGUUUGGAGCCAUCUAAAAACUCAACCAACAGACCUGCUGAAACAACUCGAAAGGAUCCCGUUCCAGUUGAACCAGCUGUUAAAGAUGUUAAUCAUGAUGAAGUUGAUGGAAGAACAAUUUCUUCAAGCAACAAGCCAGAAGAUAAAAGUGGGAGGAUAACCAUUGAAAGAAGGAGUGACCAACAAAAUGGGCAAAUUCCGAAAAAGUCAAACCUCAGAAAUGGGAAACCUCGCAAUCAAACUAUUGCAUCUGUGGUGCACAAAGAUAUUAUUGCUGAUUUGAUCAGAGAGAAGGGCCUUAAGACAACUACAAAUGCUGAAGUCAAAAUCCCCUCUGUGGCUGAACUCAGAGCAAAGUUCUUGAUAUCCAAGGAUGAUGCAAAGGUUAUUCCUCCGAGGCCAAUUCUAAAACUUGAUGAUCGACCUCACAGUAUCUGUGGGGAGAUUUUGUCGCCAACUGAGAUGAAAAAGUUUGAAGACAUGACUUUCUCCCUUGCUAGGAAAGUUUCUUCAGAGGCUGACAACUUAAAUAGGAAAUUAUCUAAUGGUGGUAAUGGCUCUUUAACGCAGAUUGAUGCUCAGUGGAAAACACUUUCAGGUGCAAAUGAAGAGAAAAGUCCACCUUCUUCUCCCAGAGUCAACAGUAAGAUGAAAAAAGAGAAGAAAGUUAAGAAUUCUGUGAAAGAAAAUGAACAAGUGGGAGAGGAGCCUGGAAGCCCUGAGAGUGGUAGUCAUAAGAAGAAAAAAGGAAGCAAGAAGAAGAAGAAGAAAUUGAUAUUUGGAAGUGAAAAGGAAAAGGGAAAAGAAAGUGAUAAAGACCAGGAAGUUAAACCACCAGAGGAGGACACUGAUUUGCCACAACAUGGAGCUGUAUCUGCGGCAAUAAAAGCCAUGUUUUCACGAAAGCCUUACACCUCAGAGAAGAUUAAGAUAUCGCGGAAGCAGCGAGCCAAGACAGUGCCCAUUAACCAAACAGAGAAUAGAGAUAUUGGUCAAUCUGAAAUGGAAUCGAGGGAAAGGAAGAAAUCAGCCCCAGCAUCAACAGAUGUACAGAACUCUCCAGAUAUGAAUGCAAAGCCAGUAAAAGUUGAGAAGAAAGUGGAAAAGGAUGAGAAAAUUGAGAGGAAAGAGGUAAUGGAAGAUCUUGAAAAGAAAAUGGAAGAUGUAGAUGAGAAAGAAAAAGCAGGGAAGGAUGUAGAGCUGCAGCCAACUGAGGAUCUUGAGGAGGCACCAGUAAAGGAAAGAAAGUCCCUCAAAAAACCUUCCAAAAGCAAAUCUAAGAGAAAGUUGUCUACAACUCUGAAACCCUUCAGCAUGAUGAAGACAAAAUCAGAAUCCAAUCUUGCCCAGCGAUUCGACUUUGUGGCUGUGGAUAUUCCUCUGGAUGGUGAGCCAGAGCAGGAGAAGGAUAAGGAAAAUGAAACACAGACAACAGAGGAUAAGAAAGAUGAGCCAAUUAAGCAGGAUGAAGCACCUCCUCAUUCCGGUCAAAGAGGAAGGCGGCCAAGUGUUUUUGAAGAGGGUCUAAAAGAAUUUUAUGAUUCAACCACGACUGGAGAGAAGGUUGAAGCUAAGGAAUCAAAGGCUCCAGAGAUCACUCUGGAGGAUCUUGAUGCUGUUUCAGGACAGACAACAGAGAAACUGACAUCUUUAGCAGGGGACAGAAUGAAGAUUAGACCUAAGCGUCACCACAGAUCAACAGCAAAUCCAGUGAAAAACCUACAGCAGAGAAAUGAUGUGCGAACAGAGACUGAGGUUGAGCGACCGAGAAUAGAAAAGAAACAGGUCACAAGUGAGCAUCCUGUCAUCAAGAGAAAGAAAAAGAAAUACAAAGAUCCUGACAACCUGUGGAGGCGUCACACUCUCGACUUGGCGGCAUCAGCAUUAGCUGGUCUGGCCAGCACUGAAGAUUUCACUAAAGUCAGAUUGCGUAAAACUGCUGGGCCUGAAGAGAAGGAAAAGGAUGAGUACAGAGGAAUAAAACCUAUUAUGCUGAUCCACAUAAAAGGACGGCGUCAUCUUCAAGUACGUCUCGUUGAACCAAGUUUAAAGUCUUUAAAUUCUGGAGACUGUUUUGCUCUUGUGACAGAAAAGGAUCUGUUCUCCUGGAUUGGAAAGGAAUCCAAUCCGUAUGAAAGAGCCAAGGUGACAGAAAUUGUCUCCAAGAUUAAAACAAAGAAUGAAUUGAACUGUAAGGCGCGAGACAUUGUCACCAUUGAAGAAGGAGACAUGGACUUCAACGCUGCCUUGGACAAAUUUGCAAACAUUCUGAGUGGAGAUCCUGGAAGUAAUCCUGUUAAAGAUGCUCAAAAAAUGGCCAAAGAUGAAGAAUACGAGAAGGGUGUAGUUAAGGGCAACAUGGUUUAUAAAAUUCACUGGACAGAUCCUCCAACUCUGAUGCCAGUAGAGACUAUGUGUGGACGAAUUCCUCAGGUCUCCAUUUUUGACACUAAGGAGGUUUUCAUAUUUGACUUUGGUUCAGAACUGUACGUGUGGAAUGGACAACAGUCGUUAUCAGGUCAAAGAAAGUCGGCCUUCGCUCUGGCAAAACAACUAUAUGAAGAGCCUUUUAAACCGUAUGGAAAAAAUUAUGAUCCAAUCUACCCGUAUGGCAAACCCGAAAAUUGCACCGAAGUAGACAAUAAAGUUUCAACUGGCAGACCACCGUGGACGUUAUUUGCAAGGCUUCACGAAAAGGCUGAGACAAUCUUGUUUCGUGAGAAGUUCCUCGACUGGCCUGAUCCAACCAAGAUUAUUCGAAUGAAGGGACAUCCUAGUACGCUUGAACUAGCACCAACGCCUCCUCCUGUGGAACUGAAGCCCUGUGACCCCAAGAGCAUGCUGAAAAGUCCACCGCCAUUGCCAAGCCAGAUGUUUGAAGGGACGAAUGUUGGGCGUGGCAAUGGGAUUCCUACUGUGUGGGUGGGUGACGUUUACAAGGAGGGAAACCUUGUGACAACCGCCGGUCUAACAGUGUGGCAUAUUAACGAGUACAGACACUUUGAGGUACAGCCAGCACAACAUGGACAUUUCCACUCAGGGGAAGGCUACGUGAUCAGGUGGGCCUACUUUGUGCUCGCCGACAGAAUAGUCAAAGAUCGGAAGUCCCGUUGUCGUUCAACCGUUGCUGGGCGCGUCCGCUGCGCUUACUUUUUCUGGCAAGGAAAUGACUGUUCUGUGAAUGAGAAGGGUGCAGCUGCCAUCAUGGCUGUAGAACUUGAUGAAGAAAAAGGACCGCAGGUAAGAGUGGUGCAAGGAAAGGAAACUCCAGUAUUUCUAAAUCUCUUCAAAGGGGGAAUGAUUAUCCAUACUGGCAGCUUACCCAAGGGCUGGUAUGACACAGAGACGAAAAACAUGGUAGACGAGAACACAGCGAAAUUCACAGAUUCCUCUGAGACUCGUUUGUAUGUGAUUCGUAAUGAAGAACCUGGAGAGGCCUACCUGAAUCAAGUCAAAGCAAGUUCAUAUUCGCUGCGAUCAAGGACCAGUUUAGUUCUGGUGUCACGGCGUGAAGCUCACAUCUACUUGUGGCAUGGAUGUAAAUCCAGUGAAGAUUCCCGCGCCACAGCCAAAGCAGCUGCCAAGAAAGUCCAGGAAAGGAAGAGUGUUGAUUGCAAUAUGGCUGGGAUUACAGCCUUUUCUCUCAGUGAAAUCGAGGAAGGAAGCGAAACAGAAGAGUUUUGGAAAGUGAUUGGAGGAAAGAAGUACUACUGCAGUUUGGCGCAUGAUCCAUCCAAACACAACUACCAACCUCGACUUUUUGAACUAAGCAGUGCCACUGGAAAAUUCACAGCGAGUGAAGUUUUGUGUCCCUCACGAUCGGAACCAAAACUGUGCCCGUUUCCAUUCCUACAAGAAGACCUUUAUACGGCCAAACAACCAGGGUUGUUUAUCGUAGACGGUUACUAUGAAGUCUACGUUUGGGAGGGUUGGAUGCCUGAGGAUGACGAUGAUGUGCGAACAGGCUCCGGAAGACAGCGCUGGGACAGAGACAGAAAACUCGCUAUGGAAACGGCGCUUAGUUAUGCUAAAGAGGCUGGAAAGCGCGUCUCUCACCGUGUGUACGUGGUGUAUGCCGGCAUGGAACCGAUGACGUUUAAAGUUCUUUUUCCUUACUGGAAUGAUACACCAGAUGUCAUCAAAAUACAGAAACUGGACGGAAAGCAACCUAAUACAAAACACUCUGCCAGCGACUUACUACAACAGUUUACAAAGGAUUUUUACACACUGGCUGAACUUCAGAAGAUACCACCACCCCAAGGAGUCGAUCCAGCGAAACUUGAAGUUUACUUAAGCGAUAAUGACUUUAAGGAGAUUUUUAAGAUGGAGAAAGAGGCAUUCAGUAAGCUCCCAGGCUGGAAACAAAUCAAUCUAAAGAAAGCUGUUGGUCUGUUCUAGAGCAAAAAAAAACCUCGAAACUACAUGGUGGUAACUCAGACUAUUUAUAUCCUUGUCGACAGGUGCGAGAAGAAGGAAACAGUGGUUAUUACUUAUAAGAUCUAAUGCGCUAGAUUGCCUCUGUCAACCUUUUAUCUCCCAGAGUUGAUUGACGUGUCACCUCUCCUUGUGAUUCCACCGUGUUAUUUUGCAAACAUGUUAUGAGAGCAUACAAGCUAGUCAACUGGGGGGUUAAGUCUUGAUACAACACGAAAUUCUCCCGUUUAUUUUACAAGGAAAUAUUUGGCAGUCUGUUGGGAGAAUUGCAAAUAUGAUUCUGGGAGUUAAAAGGUCAGGGAUACCUAACUUUGAGAUAUAGUGUGCCGGUAAGGAAUGAUAAUAAGAUUAUUUUCUUACGCGUAUUCCCGUAGCAUUUAGUGUGCUGGGUGACACGAGGCAAGUUUAAAGGCAGAUAGCUUUAUGUGUAACCUAAAAUGCUAAAAGAUGUAUGUUUUUUGUAAUGAUGAAUUACCUUGUUAAGAUAAAGCUAUUGAUAUAAUUUUUGAUGUAAUUUUCUUGGCGCAGCAUCAGUAGGCUUAAAAAUGAAAUGUGAUUUUUAUUUAGUUCAAAUUUUAGAUGGUAAUAUGAUAACUUAGGCGUUAGAAUGUGUUUCACGUCAGUUUGGUUUCAAUCAAAUUGGCUCACCUUGAAUUGAAAAGAGUUAUUUCAAUUUGAAUUUCAAGAAAUUGUUUUGAGUCAAAUAUUUUUAUAGUCGAGAAUUAGAUUGCAAGUAAUUUGCGGUACUUGAUAAUAUUGAUUUUAGAGGAAAUAUAUUUUUGAAAUUACGCAGUUGAUUUUAGAGAAGUGUUCUUCGGAAAAGGUUUUAAAAUUCACAGCCAUUAUUCUUUUUCAGACGGAAAAUCUCGACAAUGUUUUCUUUAUACGUUCGUUUCUUCAUAUUUAUUUCUUCGCAUAAUUUAUUUCUGUAUCUCAAAGAUUUCGUUAGAAUUCUGCUGGGCGGAUGUAAUAGAUUUUGCAUUAAUUGUUAUCAUAUGUAAAGAUUAUGUUUGUUGCAUAUUUUUCAUUUCAAAAAAUACCAUGACUAAACUUGAGUGUUAAAUACAACGAUUACAGUUCCUUUCGGCUAAUGAUUUCGUCAGAUGACCUGGGAUAAGUUGGAGCGCUUUUCGAUUGAGUGUCUUGAAACGGAAACCAAAAUAAUUACACUGGCCAAUCAGGAGAGGAAAAUACCUUGAAGAACCAAUGAGAACUCAAAGUAAAACCGAGAAAACUGUCUAAAGCGCGGGAAAACGCGGGCGACCAAAUUUUGAUUGGUGUUUGUUUUGCAUCGGAUUGGUUGAGAGGGUGGCACGAUAUUUUUUUGACCAAUCACAGAGCAAAUUAGAACAAGACCAAAGCAAUCCUGGAUUUGUUUUGACACGUACUAUUGAAUCGAAGAUUGCGCUAUUCGUAAACAUCGGAAGAAGUCAGAGCUGGUAAUAUUUCUUAGGCAAUGGACAUAUCUCGACCCAGGCAACGAGCAAUUUUUUUUCCCAUAUUCCUUUUCAUGUCGAAAGCACUGAUUGCCAGGGUCGAAUGAAGUUGGAAUCAUUUUGAGUUUCCUGCAAUAUGAUUGGCUAAGUUUCUUAAGAGCAGUUUUCAAUCGACUGUCGUAAAACCAUAACCAGAAUAAUCACAACAGCCACAGCCAAUCAUAACAAAGGUUUUGUGUCAUCGUCAGCCAUUUAGGACUCAAAGUAAAAACUGAAAAGCUACCAAAAGCGCGGGAAAACGACUAAGACACGUAGUGUUUCCUACAAUUCUUGAUGUUUUAAUGGUUAUAGCAAAUUAUUGUUAAUCUCAGAUUAUUCAGUAAGCUUAAUGUAUUAUAAGAAUUGAGCUAAAUUGUUUUCGUCAAAUUGAGCAGGAGAAGGUUGUAUAUACAGAGAAAAUUAUGAAAGCUGAAAUGAGAUUAAAUUUAUGUUCUAUGUUAAUCCUGAUGUGAUGUACAUAGUAAUAAGAAG